CAGUAAUUAGUAUUAGCAGGGAUCAGGCCUCAUCCUGGGGAUGGUCAUGGCGGCUAUGGCUAUGGUGGCCGCCGCGGGCGGCGUCCUGAGCAGUUGUGCAGCGACCAGUCGUUCACACCUCGUCUCAAACCCUAUCGAGCAGGGAGGAGGAGGAGGAGGAGGGAGGGGGCCUGCGACGUGCGCAAAGGCGGCCGGCGAUGGCGUUAGCAGGAUCAGCGGACGGCGAGGUGCGCGGCUGGAGGCACUGGCCGUAGACGGUUGCAAUAAUGCCACGUGUCGCUUUGCCAUUGCACGGGACAGCGCAAGGGGGGAGGAAGUCGACGGGGGGGGUCAAGAUGAGAAGAGAGAGACCGCAGAAGGAGAGGACAUGGAAAGAGGGUUCAUCCGGUUGAUGGCCUGUCAGAGUGAUCGCGGCAGACGUGGCGGUCUAGGAGGCCGCCACGUGGCAAACGCCUGGCGGCCUGUUGUCCGCUUCCCAGCUGGCCAAUUUUCCUUCCCCCACCCAUCUUCAGCCCCUUAUCCUGCUACUGCCACGUCAGCUAAUCAUCUCAAUCGGGUCAUUGAUCGGCUUCUUACCAGUGGGAUGGGCCGGCGGCGGCCUCGGCCUAACCUCUCGUCGCGAUCCCAAUGGGAGGAUGACGACGGGACGACCGUACAGGCAGAACCGCUAGAUCUGUCUGAAGAGAAUAUCCAUUCUGUGUUGCUUGAGGCGCGUACUGAGCUGCUGCAGAUUUUUGACACGUCAGUAGGCAUAACAGGCACUGCUGAGCUGGCAGAUCUUGAUGGGCCGUUUGUGACCAUCCGAUUGAAAGGACGGUUUUGGCACCAGCGGUCCGUGGUUCUCGCUAGACUCGCGAAUUACAUGAAAAAGCGGAUUCCAGAAAUUUUGGAGGUGGAGAUUGAAGACGACGGACAGCUUAGCGAUUCGCCUGAAAAUUUUUAGAUCUAAUAAUCAUCGGUUGUAUUUUGAUCUCCAUCAUUAUUAUUAUUAUUUUUUGAAAUUUAUUAUUACUAAUUUCUUCUUCUCCACAUGAAAAAGGCAAGAUGGCCAAGUUUCUC